CUCUCCUCUCAUCAUGUCCUGCAACAGCUGCUCCGGAAACUUCUCCUCCCUGUCCUUUGGGGGCCAACUGCAAUACCCUGUCUCUUCUUGUGGUUCCUCCUACCCCAACAAUGUCUUCUACAGCACUGACCUCCAAACUCCCAUCACCCACCAGCUGGGCUCCUCUCUCCACAACGGGUGUCAGGAAACCUUCUGUGAUCCCACCAGCUUCCAGACAUCCUAUGUGGCGUCCAGUCCCUGCCAGAGGCCUUGCUACAGCCAGAGGAUUCCAGUCUCCUACAGACCUUGCCAGUCAACAUUCUCAGGAUCUCUGGGCUUUGGUUCCAGGGGCUUCCAGUCUUUUGGUUGUGGCUACCCAACCCUGAGCUUUGGAUCCCGUGGUUUCCAGUCCGUGGGAUGUGGUACUCGCACUUACUCAUCCCUAAAUCGUGGGUCCAGCUUUUACCGCCCAACUUGCUUCUCUACUAAAAGCUGCCAGUCUGUUUCUUACCAGCCAACCUGCGGAAACGGCUUCUUCUGAUCUUACAUUGGGGAAAUCAGAAAUGUAAAAGAUACCUGCUACCUACUGUGUUAAGAGCCACACUGUCUUUUAAUCUCCUAUGUUAGUCUAGGAAUGUGACUUCUACUCACUCUUUAUGGGUCCCCGUAAUUGGAACAUGUAUUUCAGGGGAGAAAGAUGCUAAAUGGUUUUCUUACCAUUAGAUAGACAUACAAAAACCAAACAUAAUUCUUUCUUCACGUAUAUCUUAGUUAUUUCUCAGACUGUCAAUGCAUUAACUUUACAAAGGGGCAAUUUGUAAGUUUAAAUAAAAAUAGGUGACUGGACAU